GAGAGGUGUCGAAUCAAUUGAGGUUAGAAAAUUGUCUCGAUACAUUCCUCGAAUAAUCUCUCAAGUCUGAACGCCGUUUCUCCGUAUAAGUACAAAUAUAUACAUAUGCGCACAUUCGCAUAUCUUGAAGAAACCGAGAGACGAGGGCUGAGAAGAUAAAAGUCGACGCUAGCCUCAAAAAUCAUAUCAUGACGGAAAAGCGACGGAGAGCUGCAGCAGCUGCCUAGCAGUAGCAGUACCUACUUAGUCUUCGCUCGGUUACCAAAGCGCGAGCACAUCUGCUUCUGAAAUUUUUCAUUUCGUAUAUGCGGCCUAUAAGAUAAAUGGGAUAUCGGAGCUGCCCCGGCUGAGGAACUGCGGUUAUGAAAAACAAUUGGCAUAUCUACAUAUCAUUACACAGUAGGCAAUUAAAAUGGUAACCAGAUUACCGCAAGAGUUCAGAAGAUACAAUAGAAAUCGGAAUCAAUUGAGGCAUAUUUUUAAGGAGACCCAGCGUGUUCUCGAGGUUAUAAACCUUGAGAAUUUCUUUCCUGGAGAGAACAUCAUCGAUGAACUACUACCAACUCUGACUUUUGACAAAAUCACACAUAUUCUUGAAAACUGUCCUGCCAUUGUUAUUUUUGGUCAGAACAAUAAAGCUAAAGCAACCCUUGUCAAUCGCAUUUUAUCAACUGAAGUCCUGCCAGUAUGUACCGGUUCAUGGCGCUGGAUAAAAAUUGGCUGUGGCCCAACAAAUCAUGUAAAUCUCACACUCGGCCUCGAAUACGAAGUUGUAGAAAAUCUACUGGCCAACGAAAAGCCCUGGGUAACUAUUCCUGCAGAAGAUCUUGUAGAAUCUGGAAGUGUAGAUCCAAACUGUCCAACAGUGCUUGAAGUAAAGUUAAAUCAGCCAACUUUGAAGGAUGGUGUUCAAAUUUUUGUAGUUCCAGAUACAGGUGCUGUUCAAAUUUUGGCCAAAGGAAUAUUCAAAAUACUACCAAUAUUCCUCUACGCUUUGGGCGAACAACCUCUGUCAAACGAAAAUAUGGAAGAGCUUAGAAACUUGAAAGAGACCUAUCCUUAUAAUCCGAUUCUGUUUGUCUCCGCUUUGGCUCACAUAAGCUUUGAUAGUCUCGACAGCGACCUGAGCAGGUCAGAAACUCGUAAGUUUCAGAUUAAGAUCGAGUCCAGCGGAUCGAGUUCCACGAAGGAGGACUCCACGAGAUCUAGCUCUACUCAGGAUGACUCUUUCAAAUUAAACUCAGUAAGGCUGGAUUCUGUAAAGGAAUCUGAUGAUGUUGAUGGUUUGAAUCUGGAUAAAAUUAAUUCGCUCGGCAUGACGUGGUUGGAUCAACUUACGGAUCUUGGAUUUAUGGGAGAGAAUGUGGAAGCUGAUCAGACAACGUGGCUUACCAACGCUCAGUACUCACAGUCAAGCGACCUUCUGGAUUCUUGCAAGAAAUUAGAUCGAAUACUAUAUUUCGUACGAAGCUGCCUGCAAACCUACCUCGUAAAUGUGAGCAACUAUCUGAACGACGUUCACACUACAAGUCUUCGAAAAUUCAUUUUGAGCGCUUUUGACAUGGCUCGUGAGAUUCAGAUAACGCCCAAACGCAUCCAGUAUGCUCAGCAAAAAGAAAAUGAGCUUUAUGCAAACCUCAUGAAGGUUGUCAAUGCGAAGCAAGAGGAGCUCACCGAACUCAUACAAAAUACUAUUCAAGAAAUGAAGGACGAAAUUUUGCUAGCGCCAGACAAUGCGUCGAAUUUCUAUCAAAACGUCCCGUUUCAGGCUGGCGAAUGGUCAGCUACGGUAAGAGCGGCUACAACCGAGGUUCAGAGGAUCGUGCUCACGAGGCUCGGAGAGAGGGUUGCUAAGCAGCUAGUAAAUUCGGUGAACUGUUUAAGAGACACCUUCGUUGGCACGCUACAAAGGUGCCUAUUAAGUUUGGAGAAGAGCUACGAACACGAUACUAGUCUUACUGCCAGCGACGCUCUGAAGCAAAUACUCUCUGCGGCCUAUAACGUCGAGUUACACAAUUCGUCGCCGUCCCUCGUACACUCGUUCCUCGAGCGGAUGCGUCAGCUAUUGAAAUCCAUGCCUCUGCCUUGGGCCCCGACGCCGAUCCUUAAUGCCUCCUGGAGAAGAAAAGUCACCAUUGACGUCUUGAAUUCUCUAAGUGCCGCUCGACUCGCGCGCACUAUAUCCACGCAAUUUAGAGACAAGGUCAAAGCAUCACACGAUACCUUCCAGUCGGCUCUGAGGUCGUUGGAGAAUCACUACUCGGGGAAACUUGAGAGGACAGAGGAACAGAGAAUAGCCAUCAGAAAGUAUCACGCGCCCAGACUUGCAAAACUUGCUCUCGAGUCUACAUCCAUGAGCGAUAUGGUGAGGUUCGGUAUCCCACAUCAAGGCAAAGAGAUCGGCCGAGGUCAGUACGGAGUUGUGUUCGCUUGCGACGGCUGGGGCGGCGCGCCCGGACCAUGUGCUGUUAAAUCCGUAGUACCGCCUGACGAGAAACACUGGAACGAUCUCGCCAUGGAAUUUUACUACACGCGCUCUAUUCCUAAUCAUAAACGUAUCGUCAAACUACGAGGCUCGGUGAUAGAUCAUACCUACGGCGGAGGAUACGGACUCGGAGCUGCUGUUCUCCUUAUCACCGAUCGCAUGAGUCGAGAUCUUUAUUGCGGCAUAAGGUCAGGGUUGGAGUGGCUUGUGCGUAUACAGAUCGCUAUUGAUGUGCUCGAAGGCAUCAGGUAUCUUCAUUCUCAGGGGCUUGUUCAUAGAGAUAUAAAGCUUAAGAAUGUAUUAUUGGAUCCGGAGAACCGCGCAAAACUUACUGAUCUUGGUUUCUGCAUAACCGAGGCUAUGAUGUCAGGAAGUAUUGUUGGUACACCAGUUCACAUGGCUCCGGAACUCUUAUCGGGUCAUUAUGACAGUAGUGUUGACGUCUAUGCAUUUGGUAUACUAUUCUGGUACAUUUGUGCCGGUCACGUCAGAUUGCCUUAUGCCUUCGAGCAGUUUCACAAUAAAGAGCAACUGUGGACGAGCGUCAGAAAAGGUAUCAGGCCGGAACGCCUGAUAGUUUUCGAUGACGAAUGCUGGAAUCUAAUGGAACAAUGCUGGGCGGGAGAACCGUCUCGCCGACCUCUACUCGGUGCCAUUCUUCCGGUGCUUGAAUCGAUUCAAGCUAAAGCCGAGAAUGGCUACCGCAAGUCUCCUGAGUCGCAAUCGUCCGAGUCUGAGCCAAGGUCGACGUCGCCGGUUGAACAGCGACAGUCGCGGAAGACAACUGCAGUUGAAACAAAGGAUAACAUGAUCAACGGAAAAUCUCCUCGUCUCAAUAACAACUACAACAACAACAACGCCCUGGCUCUACUGGAACCCAACAACCAGAGGGGUGAAGUAGCAAGUCCGAUCUUCGUCCCGAGUAGGCGCAAAAAGCAUCAUAACGCUGUUAUUUUUCGUACCCCAAAGCACCCGAGCUUUCCCAUGACUAACUUUUUUCACACGAGCGCUUGCUCAAACCUGUACAUACAGAUGCACGAAUUCUGACUGACUCCACUGACUUUUUGUUACUAUUUUGCUCUCUAAUUACUUGUUUAUCCCUUUUUUAUCCGCGUUUAUCAAGAUACUGGGAUGAGAAGCUUAAAAACGCACGCUUGCCUAUUUUGCAUAUAGCUUCGCGGAUUAUAUUUUACAAUUGCAUAAUAAUUUAUAACUACAAAUUAUUAAAAAAAAAAAUUAAUUUUCGCAAUCUUGCAGAAGGAGAAAUAAUUAACGUAUAACAAUUAGAUAUUUCGUUUUACACUGCGAUAAUCCAAGUGUCGGUAAAGUAGAGUACCGAAUAAAAUAAAAAAGUCAGAUCGCAUAAAAGAAAGUUUUGAUUUGAAUUUGCUCAAAAUACUAUAUUUGUAUAAUCUAAUCUCUAAAUAGUACAGAUUCUUCUUCUGCAAAAAUUCGUAAAAAUAACGUGCAAAAAAUAAUUAAUUUUUUCACAAACUUAAAACAUUCCAGUGUUUAAAUUUUUAAAUGUGUUUACAAAAAUCAGAAUGCUUUAUAACUUUUUUAUGUGUGUAUAGUUUCUUUUUUAUUUAAAUUUGUAAUGCAUAAUAUUUAGUCUACUAAUGAUUGAGCAUUAUACCAGUAUGAUUACUUUUAUGUUAUAACUGACAUUAAUUGACCAUCGUUCAUGAAUAGAAAAACUGAUUAAUUUAUUUAUCACACUUUGAAAUUAUAUUCAUAACGUUUAAUACUCGAAGUUGCUCAAUCAAUCGUAGGUAUAUUUUAAUUUUCCAAGCUUUAUUGUUUUUCAAUUUCAUGUGCCAUAUGUAUUGUACAAUGUACAGCUAUCAGUAUUAAUUGCACUGCAGCAUUCCUUUGCAAAUUGAUACAAACACAUUCAUUUAAACUAUUGUGUACAAAUAUUAUUAUACAGUAGUAUUUGAUGUUUUGCCAUGAUUAUAAACUUUAUUGUAAAGACUUAGAUUACUUAAAAAAAUAUCGAUGUCAAGUAAUACAAUAAAAAUGUUAUACAAAUGCAAAACACAUCGAUAUUUUUUCUCUGACGAAAAAUUUUUACGUGGCGGUGCUUACUGAAAUACUAAUGGACGACUAUGAAAGCGAGAGGCAAGCGCUAACUUAAUUGUACAUUUAAUAUAUAUAUAUAUACAAACCUGUGUUAUGAAACGUAAUAAAAAUGUUUAAUCAGUUUUUGUA